AUGCGGACGCUAAUGCUCAUAUAUUUCGCGUCGUUAGUGAAUUGUGAUUUUAAAAGUGAAGUGAAACAUUUAAGGCAUGCCAGGACCUUGAUCAGGCAUGGGCGGUCCAGGGUCCACUUCAGUCGGAUGCAUACGAGAGCCAGGGACCUCGUCGCGCAAGUUAUAGAGGCUGAGACAAGUAGCGAAUUAGAGAGUAUCGACAAAUCCGGGGAGGACCCGGUCGUGUCAGCGCUCAGACCUUACGGAGCGCCCGAUGAAGACGGAUACAAAACCACACCUGACAUGUUCCAGAAAUACUUCGGGAAUUACUCGGGAAAUGUUAUCGCGAGAGACACAACGGACGACGUGUCUCUGCUAGAUCACUUUAUUAACCUAGAGCAUAGUUAUGACAAUGAAACGCAGAGAAUCUCCCUAGAUGAUAUAAAAGACAUUGUUAACAAUGACACAAAUAUAAAUGAUAGUGAAAAUGUAACGGUUGUCAGACCGAAUGUUCUCGAAGACGUUGUUACUAAGUUUCUAAGAUUGAUCGAAACUCAGCAUUUGCUAGGCGAAAACUGCACAGCUGGGACGCAUUUGAAUCUAGGCGAGGGUGUGGUAGAUAGGUAUGCUCAAGAGAGAUUUAGGAUAGAAGCGGAUGUGGCUGUUAAUAGAGCGAAUAUGCUCACUAGGUUAUGGAAAUACGCCGGUCCGUCUGUGAUGCAUAAUGAGUAUUUGCUCCAUGCAAGUGUUUUCUCGAUGGUGGAGUUUGACGAUGACGUUUUCGCGGCUGGGAACUGUUAUGACCAAUAUCAAUAUAAAGAUUACCAGCUGUUUUGCCCGUUCGCGUAUCGGUUACCCGAGGGGCCGAUAUUGGCGAAGGAUCUGGCGGUCGAGUACAAAUAUUUGAGCAACACCUCAGAGUGGUUCUACAUUGCCCGCAAGAACGCCGAGCGCGUGAUUCGAAACCACAAUCAGUUCAGGAGAGGUUACAACACGUACACCUACAACGACACAGCACAUACGGAGAGAGAGUUCGACGAGAUUCUCUCCGUGACGUAUGAGGAUGGCAAGUGGUCGAAACCGUACUACGACUGCGGUGGUGGCAACAUCUGGAUGCUCACAUAUACCGUCCCUUUUUUCGGUUACAGCAAUGGCACUUAUUUCUUCAAAGGCACGAGCGGCAUCGACAUUGACCUUCGAAGGGUGGAUAUCGACCAGUGUCCUUUGAAGCCUGGCUCCACUCAGCUCAACAUCUUCGCCGGCACAGACAAGUGCAAGAAAAAGACCACAGAAUGUGUGCCGGUCCCAGGCUUGGGGUUCCGACGGGGCUCUUACCGCUGCGUAUGUCGCCGCGGGUUCUACUUCCCAAACACCACUGCGGAGAACAGGUUUUACAACGGAAGCGACAUCGAGGAGGAGUAUGAAAAACACCUCUCAAACCAAAUGAACCUGUACUCAAAAAUCACAGCGUUCGAAUGCCUGCCCUGUGCGGAAGGUUGCGAAGCCUGCGUAGACGGGUCUCCAUGCGUAGCCGCUUUGAACUGGGUUGUGAGGACGACCAUCUUUGCGUUGGCCUGCUUCGUCAUAUCCUGCCUUCCAUUCAUAGUGUAUUUCACAAUCAAGUAUGGACAUGUCCGGGUAGUGAGAGCUGCAAGUCCAGCUCUCCUUAGGGUCAUCGUGCUAGGAGCCCUGCUGAUCUACUCCACCACCCUCGUGAUGUACGGCAGACCUACUGUAUUCACUUGCACUGCACGCGUCUGGCUGCGGGAGGUUGGCUUUUGUUUGACAUACGGUGCUUUGAUGCUGAAGACAUGGAGAAUAUCAGUCAUCUUUCAAGUGCGUUCAGCGAAAGCGGUGAAGAUAUCCGACAUGUACCUCCUGCGGCGUAUAGGCGUCAUAGUGGGGGUAGCGUGCGUACUGCUCUCUAUACGAACGCUGGUGGCGCCGCCGACUGUCAUCGUGGGACGGACCACGGACGACCUCAAAGCGUACCUGUGCAAUACUGACUGGUGGGACCACUCCUUUACCACGUUGGAGGUGAUCUUCCUAAUGUGGGGUAUCCGCCUGUGCAUCAUGGUACGGAAGGCGCCCUCGGAGUUCAACGAGAGCCGGUUCAUAUCAAUGGCUAUAUACAACGAGUUCCUACUGUCUGUCUUCCUCAAUAUUUCCAUGUUAUUCCUACAGUCGCCCGCUAAUCCGGACCUUCUGUACAUUAUAUUCUUCUGCCACACGCAACUCACUGUCACGCUUCUCUUGUGUUUUAUUUUUGGUAGCCGGGCUUACAUGGUGUUCAAAGGUCAAGGGAAGGACGAGAGGGAAAAAACCAAGUUCAGAUCCCGACCAGCGGACUCUACCUAUACUAUGACAACGAACCGUAGCGCCCACUUUUGUGACAACAUGACAGAAAGAGAUUUAGAGGAGGAGUUCAAAAAAAUAUGUAACCAGCUGGAGAAGCUCAGAGAGAGAUGUGGACCUGGUGCUCAUCUUUCAAAAAUAAUAAGUGCGAUGAAAGACGCAGCAACUCUUCAUGAACGAAGUCAAGGCACCACGGAUUCCGCUCCACUCAAACUAAAUACUGUAUUUAGUGCCGUAGCAGGAAAACUUAUGUGCACUGUUACACCGGGAGAAGAAUCGAGUAGUAGUGGAAGAGAUCUGCCUUUCGAAGCCCCACCAGCAUACAAACAAAGAAACUUCACUCUAGCAAAAAGCACAGAAAACAGCAAUGCAGAGCAAAGCCAAACAGACGUUACAACGGACUCUCCCAAGAAAAGAACAGAUUUAAAUGAAGAUAUAGAUUCAAAAGAAGAUAAACAAAAUGGUGUUUUCAAAAUCUCAGGUGAGGCUGCAGGCUGCAGUGACAUACGUCCACCUGAAGUUGCCAUUAAAAAUGGUAUAGGCAAAAGUGAUAGGAGUGAAGUGAGGUCCAGUCCAAGUAGUACAGAAACUGUUAAAGGUGUUAGGUCAGGUCAUGCGAGAACUCAUGCUAUCGUCAUUAAUCUAGACGACAAAAGUCGGUUUACUGAGGAGGUGACCGUUUAA